AUGCCAGUUACUAGAGAAAAGCUCAUUGAAGAACAAUAUAAAGAUCCUGAGUUGCAAACAUUUUAUGAUAGGCUUACUGAUACAAGUAACAUAGACAAUUUCAGUACCUGCUAUUAUCUCCAGUCAGGUGUUCUUAUGCGUAAAUAUAAGCCCUAUAAUAUAUCUGCAGACGAUACCAGUAAGAUAGUACAUCAGAUUGUCAUUCCAAAGCCCCUUCGAACUGAUGUAUUGAAUAUUGCACAUGACAUUAGUGGUCAUUUGGGAGUCAACAAAUCUUACCAUAAGAUUUUAGCUCAUUUUUAUUGGCCGAAAAUGAAACGUGAUGUUGGUUACUAUUGCCAGUCAUGCCAUAUCUGCCAAGUAAAAGGCAAACCCGGAGAUGGUAUCAAACCAUAUCCCUUGCAACCUAUCCCUGUGUUAACAGAGCCUUUCAGCAAAAUAGUUAUUGACUGUGUAGGUCCUCUUCCAAAGACUAAACGGGGUAACAAGUUUCUGUUAACCAUAAUUGAUGUGGCCACCCGAUAUCCUGAAGCUAUUCCUCUUAGACGCAUCACUACUAAGAAUGUUGUGAAGGCAUUGAUAAUUUUUUUUACACAAGUUGGUCUGCCUACUGUAAUACAAUCAGAUCAAGGGUCAAAUUUUACGUCCAGACUGUAUGAACAGGUUAUGAAGUCCUUGGGUAUACAGCAGUGCAGGUCCACCGUAUAUCAUCCUCAGAGUCAAGGGGUAGUUGAAAGGUUUCACUAUACUUUAAAGACUAUGAUUAAAGCCUUUUGUUUAGAGACUGGUUCUGAGUGGGAUGAAGGAAUAGAUUUGCUGUUAUUUUCAGUAAGGGACAGUGUUCAAGAGAGCCUUGGUUAUUCUCCAUUUCAAUUAAUUUACGGCCAUGAAGUGCGUGGACCACUGAAGGUCUUAAAGGAGUGCUGGUUAAUUGAAGAGGAGGACAUUCCAGUAGCUGCUUAUCCUCUUCAGUCUCGCUAUACGGGUCCAUUUCGUAUUCUAAAACGAACGAGUGAUACAAAUUAUGUGAUUGAAACACCUAAGAGGCGUAAGAAAAACCGUCAUGUACAUGUAAACCUCCUGAAAAAGUACCAUGAACGGGGUGAUAUAAAGGAUGAGGUACGAAAUGUUUCAAUAGUUGUACCUUCAAACAUCACUAAACCUGAUGAUAAACUUAAACACCUUUCUGCUGCCCAAGCAGCAAACAUUCGUUCUCUUCUGCAGGAGUAUGAGGAACUAUUCAGUGAUGUACCUCGUCUCUGCCCACUGCUGGAACAUGAUGUGGAGACUAAGGAAGCUCAGCCAGUACGUCAAGCUCCCUAUCGCCUCAAUGCAGAGAAGAGGGCUUUCCUGCAGACGGAGGUUCAGCGCCUGAAGGAGCAGGGGUUCAUUAGUCCCAGCCUGAGUCCCUGGGCAUCACCUAUAGUCCUCGUUCCAAGAGUGGCGGCACUUACCAGGGCGAGGCCGAUUUCUGCGUUUGUCACGCCUGUCGGUCUCUACGAGUUCAAGGUUCUUCCCUUCGGUAUGAGGAACGCCCCGGCGACCUUUCAGCGUCUCAUGAACUACCUGACUGCGGACUUAGAAGGCGUUCGUUGUUACCUAGACGAUCUUGUAAUCUGGAGCGAGUCUUGGCAGGAACAUCUGGUACGUUUACGUGCACUCUUCUCCGCCUUGUCAGCCGCAAACCUCACGGUAAAUUUGCAGAAGAGUGAAUUCGGACAUGCUCAUGUCACCUUCUUGGGUCACGUGAUCGGUCAGGGUCAGGUCGCACCUGUAGCAGCGAAGGUGGAAGCGGUCCUCCAGUAUCCCACGCCCGUCGACAGGAGAGGCCUGAUGCGCUUCAUGGGAAUGGCUGGAUAUUAUAGACGUUUCUGCAAGAACUUUUCCCAGAUAUCCGCACCUUUAACAGACUUGCUGAGUACUAAACGGACAUUCAGGUGGUCAGAGGACUGUCAACAAGCCUUUGACAACUUGAAGCACCUCUUGUGUACCGCUCCCGUCUUGCGAGCUCCUGAUAUCGGCAAACCAUUUGUAAUUCAUGUUGACGCCAGUGAUAGUGGUGUGGGAGCGGUCCUCUUGCAGAACAAAAGUGAAGUGCUCCACCCGGUGUGUUAUUUUUCUUAUAAGUACAAGUCUUAUCAAAAGUCUUACGCCACCGUCGAAAAGGAGGCCUUGGGAAUAGUAUUAGCAAUCGAAAAGUUUAGAGUUUAUUUAACAAACUCUGUUCAUCCAGUCAAAAUUUUCACUGAUCAUAACCCGUUAACUUUUAGAAAAUGUAAAGUUUAA